AUGGCUACUAAUGUUCCAAUUCAGGUCCUGCUGGAAACUUAUGAGAAGGCCUCGGGUCAAGAAAUAAACAAAGAAAAAACUGCUAUGGUGUUUAGCAAGAAUGUUCUCGAUCAACAACAACAAGAGAUCCUGAGGUUUUGGGGGGUCAACCGACAUCAUCAAUAUGAGAGGUAUCUGGGUCUUCCUCCUGUGGUCGGUAAAGGAGAAAAAAAGACUUUCUCAGAUCUUAAACACAAGGUUUGGUCCAAACUUCAAGCAUGGAAGGAAAAGGUGUUGUCUCAAGGUGGUAAAGAAAUCCUGAUCAAAGCCGUGGCCUUGUCUAUCCCUUCUUACACUAUGAGCUGUUUUUAG